AUGGCUUCCCUCGUCGACUCCGGUUGGCAGUACCUUGUGACACAUUUUAGCGACUUUCAACUGUCGUGCAUUGGGAGUUUCCUCCUCCAUGAAAGCGUGUUUUUCUUAUCUGGACUUCCUUUCAUUUAUCUGGAAAGGGCAGGCUUCCUCAGCAAGUACAAAAUUCAGACCAAAAAUAACACGCCUGAAGCCCAAGGAAAAUGUAUAACUCGGCUGUUGCUUUAUCAUUUCUGCGUAAACUUGCCCCUGAUGAUAGCCUCCUAUCCAGUCUUCAGAGCCAUGGGAAUGCGAAGCAGUUUUCCUCUGCCGUCCUGGAAAGAAGUGACUGCCCAGAUAUUAUUCUACUUCAUCAUUGAGGAUUUCGUUUUCUAUUGGGGUCAUCGGAUCUUGCAUACUAAAUGGCUGUACAAGAACGUGCACAGUGUGCAUCAUGAAUAUGCCACGCCAUUUGGUUUGACAUCAGAAUAUGCUCACCCCGCUGAGAUUCUAUUCCUGGGAUUUGCUACCAUAGUCGGUCCUGCUCUCACCGGUCCCCACUUGAUUACUCUCUGGCUAUGGAUGGUGCUGAGAGUGCUUGAGACAGUUGAGGCACAUUGUGGUUAUCAUUUCCCAUGGAGCCUCUCAAAUUUUCUUCCACUGUAUGGAGGGUCUGACUUCCAUGACUACCAUCACCGCCUCCUCUACACAAAGUCUGGCAACUACUCUUCAACCUUUGUGUAUAUGGACUGGAUCUUUGGAACCGACAAGGGCUACAGAAGACUCAAGACCCUUAAAGAAAACGGUGACAUCAAACAAACGUGA